GCGCCAAAGUUGUCAUAUAGAGAGAUUGUAAUUUGUGAGCAGACCUAGGAUUCAGCUUGUGUCAUCGCCGCCGCCGUGCGCCGCUCCUUUUCGGCUCCUGAGGUUUUGCGCUUUGCUUUCCAAUUUCUCUAUGACUUUGCUCGAAGUGAUAGAAAACGCCUCGGUCAGUUCCGAGCCACUCGCUUCGCAAUCAGAGUACCCCAUUGUUCUCAACCCCGAUGAUGUUUUGCCCAAUUUGAGGCCCAAACUUGACUACCCAAAUCUUGUUUCCCUCGUCAACCCCGUUGUCGGUUGGCAAAUCUCGAAAACCGAUUCUGAAGUCAUCGGCUUGGGAAAAAUUUUCUUCACAAAGCUAAACCGGAAGCUGAAGAACCCGAAUGAUUUUGAUAAGAAGGAGUUUAUUCGGAUUUUGAAUCAGUUUCUUGAGAAAAUCAAGGACAAAGCUGGGGUUUCCAUCGGGAUUGAUUCGUCUGAUAAAGGAUAUACCGUGGCGUUGAUUGAGAAGUUAGGUUCUAUGAUGGGCAAAGAUGUUGCUGGUUUGAUUUUGGACGCGUGCGUGGUUUUGGAGACUUGGGAAUUGGUGGAGGCUUUGAUUGUGAAUGGGCAUGUGGAGCAUUCUUGUUAUUCAACUUUGGUUAAUAGACUUGUGGUGAAGAAGAUGUCGGACUUGAUUUGUGUUUGUAUAAAGCAUGCUUCGGAUCUUGGGGCAUCUGAAUUACUUUGCAUUUUGAAGUAUUUUCUUUGUCCACCGAAAGAUGCUUAUAUUAGCAUGGUGAAUGUGAGGAAGGAAUGGGAGAAGCAGGCUUUAUCUGCGAUUGAGAGAGCGAGUGAUAAGGGUCUCACAGGGAAGAAAGCACGAUUAGCAAAGGACGCUUCAAUUUCGCUUAUGAUGGCCCAUGACGGGUUUUCGGCUCCCGAGCUUUGUUUGCACUACUUGUUGGCAUCAUCAAAUGUUGAUGCAGUGGUAUUAGCAUCCUCAAUUAGUAAGUUGAAUGGUAAAGAAAUGAUGAGUUUGAUUCGUUAUUUGGGAAAGUGGUUGAAGAAGUACGAGAGGUUUCCUCAAGCAGUUCCAUGUUCUGAAGCAUCAUCAAAGUUAGGUUUGAAGGCCUGCUGUUGGAUUCCUAAGCUGGAAGAUGUCAUCAACUGGGUUGGAUUGGUGUUGGAUGAAAAGUUUUCUUCACUGGUGUUGCAUCCUGAAUUUCAUGAAGAGCUGAGAUCUAUGGAGGGAAUGGUUAGUUCUUUAGCCUUGGAAGCCAGAGUAUGUUGUUCGAUGGCUAAUGUUGUUGAGAAAUUGAUAGUUGAAGUUUGACAUGCAUAGAACUAGCUACUGUCCCUAAUUUUACAUCAACGCUCCUGGUUUUGUAUUUGCAGAAUUCGGCCUAGUCUAUUUGGGUCUUUCUUUUUCUUGGGAUGAAUUCCAGGCUAUCUUCAAAUU